UAUAGCGAAGAAUGGCCUCUAGUGGAAGCACUUAAAAGCACCCAUAUGUCCUUAAACGCUGCUUUUUAUAUUAAUUCCCUAACGUCCUGCCUCGACACUAUAACAUAAGAGGAUGUCCAACCCUGAGAAAUGACGCCCCCAUUCCCCCCCGAGCAGUGGGAAAGCACACUACAGCAGUCCGGAGCAGAGCAGCUGCGCCAGAGUGCGGCGAGCCGGGGAGGAGAUACGCCAACGCCGUUCUCCGGCUCCACUCGAGACGAGCCCUCUUCGCCUCUUGCCUUCAUUUUUCAACAUUAUUCUAAGAGGAGUGGACGGGGCGAGUUUACAUACUGGACAUAGAUACAUCCGAUACAUGUGCGUACGGGGCGCGUAAAACACGGCGUUCUAUAGCGUCUUUUAGAGUUGACGCGCUUUGAUGUCAUCCGGCGUCUCAGGGUCGGAUCGUUUCAUUUAUAGCAGCGGGUCGACAUUAAACUAGACACAUAUCAUAUCAAGAGUUAUCAUUACUCGCUUGCGGUCAGACAUGGAAGAUGGUCCGCCUUCCACAAGCUGUUUCCGAAGAUUUACGGACUGUUUCAUUGGCUCAAGUCUGACGGAUGAGAAAGUGAAGGCGUAUCUCUCGCUCCACCCGCAGAUGCUGGAUGAUUUUGUGCUGGAAAGCGUGAGUGCGGAGACGGUGGACAGAUGGCUGAAGCGGAAGAACAGCAGUCAGCCUGCAGAUGACUCCUCAGCUAAAGACGUUAGCAGGUACCAGGACACGAAUAUGCAGAGCGUCGUAUAUGAGCUCAACAGCUACAUGGAGCAGCGGCUGGACACUGGAGGAGACAACAAACUACUGCUCUAUGAGUUGUGCAACAUCAUCAAAACAGCCACAAAAGCUGAUGGAUUUGCACUUUACUUCCUUGGAGAAUGCAACAAUAGUUUAUGUUUGUUCACUCCAACGGGGGCAAAAGAGGGGCUUCCUGGGCUCAUCCCCUCUGGUCCCAUCACGUUUGGGACCACCAUCGCCGCUCACGUUGCAAAGACACGCAAGACACUACUUGUAGAGGACAUCAUGGGGGAUGAGAGAUUCCCUCAUGGCACAGGGCAGGACUCAGGGAUCCGUGUACAUUCUGUUUUGUGUCUACCCAUCCUCACCGCCAUCGGAGACCUCAUCGCUAUCCUGGAGCUGCACCGUCACUUGGGCAGAGAGCCCUUCAACCUCAGCCACCAGGAGGUUGCAACAGCAAAUUUGGCCUGGGCAUCUGUAGCCAUACACCAAGUUCAGGUCUGCAGAGGUCUCGCCAAACAGACGGAACUCAACGACUUUCUCCUAGAUGUGUCAAAAACGUACUUUGACAACAUAGUGGCAAUAGAUUCUCUACUUGAACAUAUCAUGAUAUAUGCAAAAAACCUGGUUAAUGCGGACAGAUGUGCGCUUUUCCAGGUGGAUCACAAUAACAAAGAGCUGUACUCUGACUUGUUUGAUAUCGGGGAGGAGAAUGAAGGGAAGCCCGUCUUUAGGAAAACCAAAGAAAUUAGGUUCUCUAUAGAGAAAGGAAUAGCUGGUCAGGUGGCACGAACAGGAGAGGUUUUGAAUAUUCCGGAUGCCUAUGCAGACCCCCGUUUCAACAGAGAAGUAGACCUCUACACUGGCUACACGACGCGGAAUAUCCUGUGCAUGCCCAUAGUCAGCCGCGGGACUGUGAUCGGUGUUGUACAAAUGGUGAACAAGCUGGGAGGAAGUGCCUUCACUAAAACUGAUGAGAACAACUUUAAGAUGUUCGCCGUCUUCUGUGCUUUGGCCUUACACUGUGCAAAUAUGUAUCACCGGAUAAGACAUUCAGAGUGCAUUUACCGGGUGACUAUGGAGAAGCUUUCGUACCACAGCAUCUGCACAUCAGAGGAGUGGAAGACCCUCACACAACUCUCUCUCCCUGCUGUCAUUUAUAAAGAGAUCGAACUGUUUCACUUUGACAUUGCCCCUUUUGAGGAAAUGUGGCCUGCAAUAUUUGUAUACAUGGUUCACAAUUCUUGUGGGAAAAGCAGCUUUGAGCAGGAGAAACUGUGUCGCUUCACUAUGUCAGUGCGGAAAAAUUACAGACGAGUUCCAUACCACAACUGGAAACACGCUGUGACGGUGGCACACUGCAUGUACGCCAUUCUGCAGAAAACCACUGGGAUAUUCACAGAGCUCGAGAGGAAAGGCUUGCUGAUAGCCUGCUUGUGUCACGACCUGGACCACCGUGGCUACAGUAACAGUUAUCUGCAGAAGUUUGACCAUCCGCUGGCCGCCCUGUAUUCCACAUCCACAAUGGAACAGCAUCAUUUUUCACAGACGGUGUCCAUCCUGCAGCUGGAAGGGCACAAUAUUUUCUCCAACCUGACUUCCAGUGAGUAUGAGCAGGUGCUGGAGAUCAUCAGGAAGGCCAUCAUUGCUACAGACCUCGCGCUGUACUUCGGCAACCGCAAGCAACUGUCUGAACUUCUGGCCACAGGGGCGCUGGACCUGAACAACCGUGCUCACAGGGACCGUGUGAUUGGUCUGAUGAUGACUGCCUGUGAUCUCUGCUCUGUUACCAAACUAUGGCCCGUCACACGAAUCACAGCCAAUGACAUAUAUGCUGAGUUCUGGGCUGAGGGGGAUGAAAUGAAGAAGAUUGGAAUGCAGCCCAUCCCUAUGAUGGACAGGGAUAAAAAGCACGAGGUUCCCCAGGGACAGGUGGGAUUUUACAAUGCAGUGGCGGUUCCCUGUUACACCACCCUGUCAGAGCUGUUUCCCCCCUCCAGUCCUCUGCUUACGUCUUGCAGGGAAAACCUGGAUCAAUGGGAACGAAUUGUUCGAGGAGAAGACAUCUCUACAUGGGCUUCCACUGAGGACGACGAACCGUGCGAGACAUCAGACAGCGGGCCAGUGAAAGUGGACAACUAAAUCCGUGGCACCUGUCCCACAGCACCACCUACACCCCUGCCAGAGACCCUGGACUUCCUGUGGACAGUCCCUCGUCCUGCAGAGACACGAGGAAGUGCAGAGGGCAGGCCGGGACGGAUACAUUCACAAAAAUAAACAAAACAUAAUGUUACCUCAGUGGGUGACGGAGGCGUACUCUCGAAUGACAUCAGGGCUCCCUCGUUGAUGGCUGGGACUCUAGUCCGCUCUGUGCGGGAUCACUUCUGCAGAAUGGCCAUCAUUAUUGACAGUACUUUUCCUUAGGAGGUUGCUUCUGCAUCUUUUCUUUUAGGUGAUUAUUUUUCGGU